AUGUCAACGGCAUUGCUGGCUGUCAUUGCCGUUAUUCUGUGUAUUCUUUUCAGAAUUUUAAAUGUCAACAGUGCUCCUAAGAAACCGGUACUUGUUUGCCAAGACACUGUUUUUCUGUCGACUAUCUUGAAAAUUGCUCCAGUUAUUGGUGAACCAUACAAGCCAACAAGAUUGUGGGGAUUCAGCGGUCAUGUGCAGACAAUUGUCCAUAGCAUAAUCGGGCGUGUGAGAUGUCCAUGGCCUAUUGGAGAACGCGUUUACAUAAUUCUUGUUGACGGUACUACUUUGACUUAUGAUUUAUAUCAGCCGCUGAGUAACGGUCACGAAGAUGACAUCACAGUGGCGAUCGCCCCAGGAAUCGGCAACAGCUCCGAGAGUGUUUAUAUCAGGACAUUUGUACACUUUGCACAGUGUCAUGGCUACAGAUGCGCGGUACUCAAUCAUGUUGGAGCGCUUUCCAGUGUCAAGGUCACUGCUCCAAGGAUAUUUUCUUAUGGACACACUGACGACUACCAUGUAAUGCUGUCGAGUCUUCUUGAUAAGCAUCCCAGUACAAAAAUAGUCUGCGUUGGAUUUAGUUUAGGUGGGAAUCUUGUUACCAAAGGUACUAAAUAUUUACUCAACUGGCAGAAUUUUCGUCGAUUCUACCUUUACAUUAUGACUGAGUCAGUUAAAAAUAUUAUUCUCAAACACAAAAAAGUUUUACUGUCAGAGGAAGUUAAACAGCGACAUAAUUUAAAUGAGAGAGAAAUUAUAUCUGCUGCCACACUACCUGAACUUGAUGAAGCCUAUACAAGACGAAUCCAUAAUUUUAGAUCCGUAACAGAAUUAUAUAAAUGGAGUAGUAGUAUUAAUUAUUUCAACGACAUAUCUACACCAAUGGUAUUUAUAAAUGCUUUAGACGACCCAAUAGUUCCUGAAAUGUUGCUUGUACCAAUAAAACAAUACUCCGCAAUUAAAAACAAUACUUUGUACAUAGAAGUAGCUCACGGAGGACAUCUCGGAUUUUACGAAGGAGGACUUUUGUAUCCAAAUCCAAUUACUUGGCUCGACCGUACUCUAGUUUCACUCGUCGGAUCGCUGACGCUUGUCCACGCUGACCGGGUAAAAGUAUCCUAA